AUGUCGAAGAGUAGGAUACCUCCGUUAAAAAAGUUGUCCCUCCCUAGGUUGGAAUUGAUGGGGGCUGUAGUUGCAGCUAGGUUAGGAAAAUAUUUAUUGAAAAUAUUUCAGGAUUUGGUAGGUAGGUUAGUUCUGUGGACGGACUCCGAAAUUUGCUUGUGGUGGAUAAAGGGGUCAGCGCGUGAGUGGAAACAGUUCGUGUCGAAUAGAGUUGCAGAAAUACAAGACUGUACCUCGCCUGAUAAGUGGAAAUAUUGUCCAGGGUCGGAAAACCCAGCAGAUAAAUUAACUCGUGGUGAAACAGCAAAUGCAUUGGUGAAAGAUACUAACUGGUGGCAUGGUCCAUCAUGGUUGAAAGAUUCUGAAGAUCAAUGGCCUGAGCAGAAGUUUAAAGUAGAAACUGAUUCUCAAAAUUUGGAACGUUUAAGCACUUAUGUUCAAGUGACUAUUCCAGAAGAAGAAAAUGCGUUAGACAUUACCAAAUUCAGCAGUCUCGAAAAAUUGUUGAGAGUUACAGCUUGGGUAAAGCGGUUUGUCGCCAAGCUAACAAAACGUGCCUGUGAAGAAGGUCCUCUUACUGUAUUGGAGAUCCAAGAAGCUGAGGAGUACUGGAUAAAACAAGUACAGAGAGCGAAUUACUUUUCGGAUAUUCAACGACUAGAGAGGAAUAAUCUAAUAACACCAGAUUCUAAGCUUUACAGUUUAGCACCAUAUCUGGACAGUAGAGGUAUUUUGCGUGUCAGAGGUCGUUUGGAACAAUCAGAAUUAAUAGAUGACGAAAAACAUCCCAUUAUUCUGCCCAAAACGAAGUUCACCGAACUAGUGAUAUUUAGUGAACACAUAAAAGUAUUCCAUUCAGGAGUCAUGGCAACAUUGUCCAAAGUCAGGAAUAAAUUUUGGAUACCUAAAGGAAGACAAGUAGUAAAGAAAGUUAUUAACGCUUGCCUGGUGUGUAAAAAGUUUGCAGUGAAGCCCGCCAAACAGUUAACGGGUCAGUUACCCAGAGAUCGUUUAGUCCAAAGUAAUCCUUUCACAGUUGCAGGCAUCGACUUAACGGGAGCAGUUACUAUUAGAGAAAAAGCGGAUAACCACAAAAAAGGUGUACAUAGCCUUAUUUACAUGCGCCAUCACUCGUGCUGUACACAUUGA